AUGCUUACGAGAUUCCUGCCGAAACAGGGCAUUACGAACUCUCCGAUUAAUUUCUCUGCAAGAUGUUUGAGAAGAAUAGGUAAAAAUGCGAUCAUCACACCUACAUUCAGGACGGCUAGAGGAUGGAAUGACAGUCGCAAUUUCUCCACCGGGACUGUUACGCAAAAGUCGAGUGAGGUUCCAUUCAAUAAGUUGACCGAAGAUGAAAGAGCUAUAAUGUCCGAAAAAAGAGCAGUUGACAAAGUAGACGUCUGCAUUGUUGGUGGUGGACCAGCUGGAUUGGCUACUGCCAUUAGGUUCAAGCAGCUGGACAAUCUCCAUGGAUCGGGUGAACUCAGGGUUGUCGUCUUGGAGAAAGCUCCCGACAUGGGAUCUCAUAUGGUUUCUGGUGUCAUUAUGGAGCCAAGAGCCCUGCGGGAACUCUUCCCUGAAAGUGAAUAUUAUGAUGAUAACGGGGGCGGUGUACCACUCCCUCCAGAUAUAGUCACUCCAGUGACAUCUGGAGAGUUGAAGUACCUUUUCGGUGACUUGGUAUUGCCGGUUCCAGAACCUCCGCAGAUGUCUAACGAAGGGAAUUACGUGGGGUCGUUAAGCCAAGUUGUGAGGUAUCUAGCUGAAAAAGCUGAAGAAGUUGGUGUAGAGAUCUACCCCGGUAUUUCCGUUUCGGAGGUCUUAUAUAAUGACAAUGGGGACGCUAUUAUCGGUGUUGCAACCAAGAACAUGGGAGUUUCCAAGCAGGGCAAGCCUAAAUCUUCCUUUGAAAGAGGAAUGGAGUUUCAUGCAAGACAGACGGUUAUGGCAGAAGGAUGCCAUGGCUCUUUGACAAAAGAGGUUGUCAAGAAAUUCGACUUGAGAAAAGGUAAGUGUAAUCAAACUUAUGGCCUAGGUAUAAAAGAAGUCUGGGAGGUAAAGCCUGAAAAUUUCAGAAAAGGAUUUGCAUCACACACGAUGGGAUAUCCUCUGUCCAAUGAUGUCUAUGGUGGUGGCUUUAUUUAUCAUUUCGGCGAAGGUUUGGUUGCUGUUGGUUUAGUGGUGGGUCUGGACUACCGCAAUCCUUAUGUUUCACCAUAUCAGGAAUUCCAAAAGAUGAAGCACCAUCCAUACUACGAAAAAACUCUCUCCGGUGGCAAGUGUAUUGAAUAUGGUGCUCGUGCUUUGAAUGAAGGUGGUUUGCAAUCUGUUCCUAAACUAAAUUUCCCUGGAGGUGUAUUAGUAGGUGCAUCUGCUGGUGUCAUGAACGUUCCGAAGAUCAAGGGUACCCACACUGCCAUGAAGACAGGUAUGCUGGCUGCAGAUGCCAUGUAUGAAGUCAUUUCCAAAAUGCCGACAAUAGAAUCUAUGGAAAAUGAAGGUAUCGAACAAGUAGUGACAAAUCCAUUAAAUUUGGAGUCAUAUGAAAAGAGUUUCAGAAACUCAUGGGUUUUCGAAGAACUAUAUGAGGUACGCAACAUAAGGCCUUCUUUUAACCAUCCUCUGUUUGGCCGCCUCGGAGGUAUGGCAUACUCUGGUCUUGAUUCUUUACUAUUGAAGGGUCAAGUAGCAUGGACAUUCAAUCACCAUGAAUCUGAUUCGGCUGUUACCGAAACCGCUGACAAAUUUGAGCCAAUUGAAUACCCCAAACCAGAUGGUAAAAUCUCGUUUGACAUUUUAACGUCUGUGUCACGUACAGGCACCUAUCACGACGAAGAUGAACAGUGCCACUUGAGAGUUCCAGAUCAAGAUCUUGAAAAACAUGCCGAGCUGGCCUAUCCAAAGUGGAAGGGAAUUGAAUCGAAAUUCUGCCCCGCUGGCGUUUAUGAAUAUGUGGCUGAUGAAUCGUCGCCUUUGGGGGUAAAAUUUCAAAUCAAUGGCCAAAAUUGUAUCCACUGUAAAACUUGCGAUAUAAAGGUUCCCACUCAGGAUAUUAAUUGGGUGGUCCCUGAGGGCGGCGACGGUCCCAAGUACAGUCUGACAUAA